AUGAAUGAAACAGAUAGCAUUUCACCUCAACGAUACGCGGCGCAUUUAUCUGAGUUUUAUCCUAUUGUGAACCGUAACAGUAAUGGUACGCCGAUGAAGAAUGGUAUUAGUGCGACCAAGAAAAUACCUGAUAAUGAAAGUUCUCAUACGAUUGUGAAUGGGUUAAUGGAUCGGAGUCGUCGACCUUCCAGUGUUGUUUCCAAUACUAGUUGUAUAAGUGAUUUACAGACUUUGAUUACUAAGAGGGAUGUUAAGAGUACUAUGGAUAAUAUGUCUCAUUUGUUAAAGAGUACUAAUAAGUUUGCUCAAUCGUUGAUGGAAGUUUCUGAGAGUGCGAGUGGUAUGGCUACUGCGAUUGAGAAUAUGGCUAAAUUGAAAGGUUGUAAUGAUGAUACAGCUGAGAAACUUUUGAAUGCUAGUGGACUUUUCCAUUUAUUGGGUAAUCAUGAACAGAUAUUAUCUACAUAUGUGAAUGAAUUAUUAUGUGAUAAGUUACAGGAUGAGAUUGAUGAAUUUAAGAUCAAUAGUAAGAAGUCAGAGAAUGAAUUUAAGAUGAAUAGUAAAGAACAAAGUUUAAAAUUGAAAUUACAAGAGAGGAAUAAUAUGAAAUUGGCCAAGAGGAAGAUUCGGAAUUUAAUAUCAUAUCGAGAGAGUUUAUCUAAUUUACAAAAUCAAUUAGAUCAAUUGGAGACUCUAAAAUAUGAUUAUUAUAGAGAUUCGUAUUUAUUGGUCGAUAAGACAUGUAAUCAUGUUUUAACUAAUAUUGCGACAGUGUCUAGGACCCAAGUAGAAUUAUCUGAGAAUAUUGCACGAAAGGGUUGGUCUGGAGGUGGAUUAGAUGAAUUAUUGAUUGACGCGGAGGAUCCAUUUACCAAGGAUAAUGAUGAAGGGGAGACAGUGACAGAAAAUAAUGAUUUGGUAGAGGAGGAAGAGGAGGAAGAGGAGGAUGGAGAGGAAGAUGUAGAGGAAGGGACUGUUUCCGUUAAUUCUAGUACUGAACGAGAGAAUAAUGAUAACGGAGAAGAGAAUGCCAGAGACAGUUCAUCUUCAUCGAUAGCAACAUCAUCAGGUCCAUCGUCUAAUGAAGGGACGAACAGUAAUAGCAAGAAACACACUGAAGAUGCAAACAUGACAUAUGAUAACUCAUUUUCGCUGCCGUUUACCACUAGUUCACCCACACCAGAGUCAGAAGUUAAUGGUGACAUACUGCCGAGGGAAGAGGAAGAGGAAGAGGAAGAGGAAGAGGAAGAGGAAGAGGAAGAGGAAGGGGAAGAAGUUGAGGAGGCAGACAAUUUAAAGUAUUUACAAUUGAAUGAUGAGGACGAUCAUGAAUAG